AUGAUGAUCACCAAUCUUCCAAACGAUUUGAUGGAGGAUAUUUUGUCUAGGGUUCCUAUAAAAUCUAUGAGACCAGUGCGGUUAACUUGCACAAAGUGGAACACUAUAUCGAAAAGCCAGAUCUUUGCAAAGAUGCACUUUGAUAAAGCAUUCGAUCCAGCAAAUGAAGAUGAAUAUGAGUCUCGGAUGAUCGGGAUGAUGGAAACAAAUCUUUAUUUACUGAGCGUCUUCGUCAACGUCAACGACGUUAUUGAUUUUUCUGCAGAGGAAAAAGGUAAACUAACUUGUCUCAACGAACAAGUCAAGAUAUCUCAUGUUUUUCACUCCGAAGGAGUAUUGUUAUGCAUCCUGGAAGACGAUGAUACUAGGGUUGUUGUUUGGAAUCCAUAUUUGGGACAAACAAGGUGGAUCCAACUCAGAUAUUCACACGUCGUCCCUCCUCAGUCACAACCACGUUGCAUGUUCCGUUACGGUAUCGGAUACGAAGCUAAGGGAUCUGGUCGUAACUACAAAAUCUUGAGGUUUGUAGAUGUAUUAUUAUAUGAAGAAGAGUACGAGUUUUUAUGGUAUGAAAUAUAUGAUUUUGAGUCUGGUUUAUGGAUGACUCUUGAUGUCACUGAUCCACACUGGUGUAUAAAAAAGUCUCACCAUGGCGUUUCUGUCAAAGGAAACACUUACUGGUGUGCUACAGAAAGGAACUUACAAGGAUGCGAAUGGGAAUGUGGGAGGAAACGCGUCAACCACAUAAUAUGUUUUGAUUAUUCAAGAAUGAGAUUUGGGCCUCUUCUGCCUCUGCCGCUUAGAAAUGGGUAUUACCGUGUGGAUCUAUCUUGUGUUAGAGAAGAGAAGCUCGCGGCUUUAUGUAGCUCGCACGAAGAUGAACCAUAUUAUUUUUCAAUAUGGAUUUUAACUAUGCUUGAGGCCGGAAAUGUAUCGUGGAGCAAGUUCUUCACAUUUAAUCAAGAUUCACUCCCUCAUGACAUUCGGUUUUCAUCAUUCUGGGGUUUCUAUAUUGACCAUGUGAAGAAAGUCGCCAUGUUUUCUGGUAGAAGAUCGAAUCAUUACGCAAUUUGCAUCAUCAAUGAAGAAGGUGAAUACGCAGGGGAAGUGGCUCUCGAAGAAUGUACCGACCAAAGGUAUUGGGGAAAAAGUGUGUGCUGUUAUGUACCAAGUUUAGUGCAAAUUAAGGAACCUCAAGGAGGCCAAAGGCAGAAACAAAGUGAUUUAGAAAAAUUUCGAUAUGAUGAAAUGAUGUCGAGACUUACCCUCUUUAGAUGGAGGUGUGCAACGCUUGAUCCCUUCUACUUAAAACAUAGUUUAUCGCAGUGA